GGAGCGAAGGUACGGUCGCGCGUCCUGUCCUUCGGCGCGCUGCUUUUUAAAACUUACGCGGCUCAAAGUCUCCUUCUCUGUCAUUUCUCGCUGUCUAUGCACUGCGUGUAUGUACACACGGGUCGCAAAUAGCCGAGUUGACGUUUUUCUCACGACAAAAUCUUAUGCAAAUACAUAGUUGGUGAAUGAAUAAUUAACAUGCGCGAUCGCGAGCUCGUGUGAUAUUUUCAAGAUUGUUUGUUUUUUUGGUUUGGUUCUUGUGUGUUGGUGGUGUUUGAAAAAAAAUUUUGAGAUUUUUGUGAUUCGUGCAACGAAGAGAUAAUAAUAAAAUCUUCGUUAUACAAGGCGAUGUACAUAUGAAUAUUUGUAUACAUCUGCGCACUCGCCAAACUCCUAUUCUGCGAUAUCGUGUUAGUUCCGUGCUGGGAACGAAGAUACUGUGUUUGCUAAAGAUGCAGUAAAGCACGAGAAUCAACAUCGUCAUCCAAAAUAAAACUCUCUCUCACUCUCAGUCUCUUUCUCCACGACCUCAUAUCCUUCAAAUCAACUCUUUUCCCCCGAGUGUGCAACGUGUUCAGCUAAAGCAGCUUUGCUCAGCUGUUUGUGUUUAGCAAAAAUGGAGUCUGCGUGCAAAAGCAAGAUGCUCGCAGUGCUUCUGCUGCUGAUUAUACAGUGUGUCGCCGCGAUCGAGUGGAAGCACAGUGCAGUUCUCGACAACAACUUUCUCGUGCUCUGGACGCCCGGCGAGAAUGACGUGACCUUCGAGGUGCAGGUCAAAACGCCGGGCUACGUUGGCUUUGGCUUCACCAGAGACCAAGACAGCACCGAGGGCGUCGACAUGGUCAUCGGUUGGGUCGACAACAAUGGACAAGUUCAUCUACAGGAUCGCCAUGUGAAAGGUGCCAACCGUGAGCCGCAGAUGGACUCGAGUCAGGAUUACCACUUGCAAUCAGGCUACGAAAAUAAAACGCACACCGUGCUACGCUUCAAUCGUCGCUAUGACACCUGCGACCCGAGAGAUCUUAAAAUUACGAACGAUACGCUGCAGGUUGUAUGGCAAUACCACGUGGACGAGCCAGCAUCGGCAGCCGGCGUACUUCCGGCUGACGGAGCAGUCAAGGGUAUGCGUCCACUCUAUCUCGUUCAACGUGAUGUCGAGCCACGCCGAAUCAGCCACCAGGGCACUAAUGCUCGCAAUAUUGAGCCGGAGCCCAUUUUGCAUACCUGGGAGCUGCUAAAUGCACAGGUCCGCUUGCCAAUGGAUCAGGACACGCUGCUGCAGUGUCGUGUGUUCAGCUUACCCAAGAUUCUGCGCAAGCACCACGUCAUCAGGUACGAGCCCGUUAUUCAAGGCGGCCUGGAGUACCUUCACCACAUGACCCUGUACGAGUGUCGCGGUGACGAGGCCAAGCUCAUCGAGGCUAAGAAAACCAACGGCACUAGCUGCUCGGGCACCGACUGGCUGCACGCCCAAUGCAAUACCAUCGCUGCAACCUGGAAUCUUGGUUCGGAGGGCUUCAAUUAUCCUCCGGAGGCCGGCUACGCUCUCGAUCCAUACAUGGGUCCUCGCUUCUACAUGUUGGAGACGCACUACUCGAAUCCGGAGCUCGACGCCUUCGUCACUGACAGCUCGGGCAUGAGGCUCACGUACACGGACAAGCUGCGCACCCACGACGCCGGCGUGCUGAGCGUCGGCAUCGAUCCUAAUUGGCGUCACAUCAUACCACCCGGCCAGCCGGAGGUCAUAUCGGAGGGUCACUGCAUAGCCGACUGCACCGGCGAGACUGUGCCCGAGAGCGGCGUCAACGUAUUCGCCGUCAUCAUGCACACCCACCAGCUCGGCAAAAAAGUCCGGCUCAGGCAAAUCAGAGGUGGCAAGGAGCUGCCACCGAUCGCUUCCGAUUCCAGCUACGAUCCGAGCUAUCAAGAGUACAGAAGACUCCAACGACCCGUCAGGGUGAUGCCGGGCGACCACUUGAUAGCCGAGUGCACCUACUCCUCACAGACAAGGCAGACCAUUACGCUGGGUGGCCUUACUACGAAGGAAGAGACUUGCCUUGUGUCCGCAUUAUAUUACCCGAGGAUCGAUCUGUCGCUAUGUUACUCUCUGCCUGCACUGCCCACAGUCCUCCAUAGCCUUGGCAUCGACAAACUCGAAGGUCCAAGCCCAUUGAAGAUCAUCUCGCCCCCAGAGCUGAAAGGUAUGACGCUGGAAGAGCGCCUGGUCACCUACGACUGGGAGCGCAACUUCGCGACGUUCGCCGAAGCGAUGCGCACCGGCACAUUCAAGCCCCUCUGUCUGAGCACGAAGGGAGCGAUACUGCCGGAACCGUCGAAGGAGUCGAGUUACCCGAGGAUAUUGCGGCCGUACGAGGACCCGAAGGUGCCGUGCACCAGGAAACCUCAGCGCAACAAGCUGUCGAUGCUGCUGUCGGAGGACGGCGAGAUAGGCGGCAGCGAGGAGUCGAACGCCGUAGAACGAGGACAGUUGGUGAGGAACAAAGUGUCGCGGAGCAGCUUCUCUUCGGCGGCGAGCCGGACGCACUCGUCGAUGUCGAGCUUGUCUCUGGCGUUGCUGCUGCUUACGACGAUCGUCGCCGCGCUCAGGUGAAAUCAUCGUCUCCAGUAUUAAGAGACGUUUUACCCGAUAUAAACGGAUCGCCGCUCGUUGUUCAUUACUUUGUCGAUUAUUGAGCUUUCCUUUGAUUAAUUCAUUGCGAUGUCGAUAAAUCGAUUAUUGAGUUGUACAUUUUGUUGACUACUGGCUAGUAAUAUAAAAACGCAGUAUGCACAAAAAAGUGCGUGCGCUUGUAUUUUAUAAAUAUUCGUUGAAAGAGAACAAAACUAUUUAGAAACGUUCGUGAAUACCUUCUUGAAGCGCGAGAAUUAUCGAAUGAGACUAUCGAGACUUGAGAACUGCCCUAGCACCGCUGAUUCGCCAUGCUAUAUUGUAUACACCAUAUACAAAGCGCUCUAAUGACCAACUGCCAGAAAUGUGAAACAUAUUUUUCCAAACGUUCUUUUUACAUACAGACAUAUGCGGUUCUCUCGUUCGCUCCAACUAGUAAAAGAAUUGAUCGAUCGAAGCGGUAUAAACAUCGAGCAGAACUUUUACUUGGAUGAUAACGUGCGUAUGAUGUAAUUCCUACGUCGUUCUGUAUAGUUGUUCCAAUUUUACAAUCAAAUUAAUAAACAAAAAUUAAUGCAAAUAUAUAAAUAAUAUCAAGAUUAAAAAUAAAUGCG